AUGCCGCUUCGAAAACCUCCACCCAGCCCAUCCCUCCUCUCACCAACCGCAUACGACGACGAUGUUGAUGCUAUUUCUCUGAGAUCGUUGUCCGAUCAGGACUCUGAUUCGGAAGACGAUGAACUUAUAAAAGGCUCUAGGACAACCCUGGAAUUGUCCCAGCAUGACAGAACUGUUCUGGAGGAGGAGGAAGAACGUGAGCGGCUUCUCGUUAAGCAAAGCCCAACACAUGGGCUACGGAGGAUAUUCGGUCAUGAUAAUGGCAGCAGCGUGCGCAUUGGGAAGCAGGAGAGGAGAAGGCAACGACGUCUACAGCGAAGAGCAGAUCGGAUAAAGCGUAUGGAAGAGAAAGGAGAGGAGAUGGGUCUGAUGUUCGAGAUGGAAGAAGGCAACAUUGAUGACAAUACAAGCUCCCAGUCGUCGGGAGAGUCUUCGAUUUUGAUUCAUCCUAGUUACAAAUCGUCGAGGGGUUCAUGGUGUUUCAAGGUAUCCAUAUUAUCUACGGGUAUUGUGGUUUUAUUCCUUAUUCUAUACUUAGGCGCAUACAAGGAAUCAAACAGUUUCCGAUCCGCCCGCCAGCCACGCACCCUGUUGUCGAAUGGCACCUCUCUCUUCGCUCCAACAACGAUUUUGAUCUCCUUGGAUGGAUUUCGAGCCGACUUUCUCAAUCGCGGUCUUACUCCAGCCCUCAAUUCCUUUAUCGCCAACGGAAUUUCCCCAGCCUACAUGCUUCCCAGUUUCCCUAGUGUAACAUUCCCAAAUCAUUUUACACUAGUGACUGGGCUUUACCCUGAAAGCCAUGGUAUCGUGGGUAAUUCCUUCUGGGAUCCGGUCCUGCGGGAAGAUUUUUAUUAUACUGAUCCGGCAAGAAGCCUGGAUCCAAAGUGGUGGACUGCAGAACCAGUGUGGGUGACUGCUGAAAAGCAAGGGGUUCGGACAGCGAUUCACAUGUGGCCAGGUUCAGAAGCCCACAUCGGUAACAUUGAACCCACGUACCUUGAUAAAUUUAAUGCAAAAGAGGACUUAGCUAGCAAAGCCAAGAGAAUUCUCUCAUUUUUGGACUUGCCUGGCGACCAAGAAGCACAGGACCUGUCAUCGGAUACUGAUAGACGACCACAACUAAUAGCCGCUUAUGUGCCUCACGUUGAUUCUGAUGGACAUACUUUCGGUCCGAAUAGUACUGAAAUCCGAAGUACAUUAGCUCGUGUGGAUGAAAUUCUUGCAGAAAUUUUCAAAGGGCUUCACAGUCGCAAUCUGACCGACGUGGUCAAUAUCGUCGUCGUAUCUGACCAUGGUAUGGCCACUACUUCAACUGAUCGUCUUGUCCAAUUAGACGAUAUCAUUGAUAUGGAUUUGGUGGACCGCCUUGAUGGAUGGCCCCUUCAGGGCAUCCGUCCCAAAAGACCUGAAGAUCUAGAAAUACUGAAGCAACAGCUGGCGGAAUCAUCCAAACAAUACAAUGACUCUAUCGAUGUUUACACUCGGGAAACGAUGCCUGAUCGCUAUCACUUCUCCAGUAACGAUCGUAUUGCGCCGUUAUGGGUAGUACCAAAAACAGGGUGGGCGGUCGUUGAAAAGGCAACCUUCAAUGUUCAGGAUGCGAAAAUGAAGAAAACAGUUUAUCACCCGAGAGGCCUUCAUGGAUAUGAUCACGAACAUCCUCUCAUGAGAGCAAUUUUUGUUGCUCGCGGCCCUAAGUUCCCUCACCACCCCAAUAGUCGUGUGGAAAAUUUCCGCCCUAGCAGUGCUGUUAUUACCUCCAAACUCCAAAUAACUGCUUCCAGCAAUUCGCCAACCACGAUACUGAAUUCUGGCUCACCGGAUCCUACAUCCACGCCCAAACAUGGCGAAAAUGACACCAGCGCUUCGACGAGCUCGUCAUCAUUGUGGGACAAAUUUCUCGAUAGAAUCGAAUGGUUAAAGAAUUGGGCCCAAGGGUUUCUAGACUCUGUUGAUAGAUAG